CCAUCUGCUAAAAGGUUAAGAGAGUCAGGAAAAUCAAGGUUGAAGGAACUUUUAACCAAAUGGCUAAUGAUCAGAAGAAUGGUGAGUUUUUUCCAGCGAAGGAAGAGCAUAAGAAAGAUGAUGCGCCAGCAGCUCCAGCGAAAAAAGAUGAUAAGAAUGAAUAUGUGGUAUCACAUUCACAUCCGAUCGAAAACAUUGUUUUAGUUGGGCGUACGGGGAACGGAAAAAGCGCCACGGGGAACACUAUCGUCGGAACAAAGGUGUUCAAAUCGAAAUCAAAAGCAUCAGGUGUUACAACGGAAUGCCACGCAGUUAGAACCGUGACACCAGAAGGUCCUAUACUCAAUGUGAUUGACACUCCUGGUCUAUUUGAUUUGUCUCAGUCCGCUGAUUUUAUCGGUAAAGAAAUCGUUAGAUGCCUAACUCUAGCGGACGGAGGGCUACAUGCUGUGCUAUUGGUUUUAUCUGCAAGGACUCGAAUGAGUCAAGAGGAAGAGAUGGUACUUAGUACCUUGCAGGUCCUUUUCGGCAGUAAGAUUGUUGAUUACCUCAUCGUUGUUUUCACGGGAGGAGAUGUAUUAGAAGAUGAUGGUAUGACACUGCAGGAAUAUUUGGGUGAUAACUUGCCUGACUUCUUAAAGAGAGUGCUCAUAUUGUGUGGCGAACGAAUGAUCCUGUUCGAUAACAAAACUAAGGAUGAGGAGAAAAAGAGAAAGCAAGUACAUGAACUUCUCAAACUUAUCGAUCAGGUCAGAGAAAAGAACCGCAAUGUUCCGUAUACCGACGAGAUGUACUAUAAGAUAAAGGAAGAAAAUGAUAGGCAUGAGAGAGAAGAAGAGGCGCUUAAAUCAAAAUCGUAUUCAGAAGAAAAAUUCGAAGCACUGAGGAAGGAGCUACAGCUAACGAAUGAACGAAACCUCAAGGCAAUGGCAGAUAUGCUGGAGAAAAAUAUGAGAAUAGCUAAUGAAGCACAACAGAAGCUCUUUGAGAAAAGAGAAAAAGAACAGGAGCUGAGCCUCCGUGAAAAAUAUGAACUGCUGGAAAAGUUAAAACACAUGGAAGGACGUAUGCGUGACCAAAUGGAAGCGCAAAUGCGUACCAUUCAGGGGUGCAACAUCCUCUGAUCACUCUCACUUUGCCCUCUUCCACCCCUGCACACUUUUUCUUCUUAAUAAAUAAAAUAAAGAAUGCCAUUGCCGAGAGUUUGUGUUUCUGACGCAGAGCAUAUUCUGUGUUCCUCGUUUGAGCCAGCUCUUGGACUUCUGGCAUGAUCUGAGUCUGGUUUUGCUUUUGUUUCAAUUUCAUAAUUUCCGUUAUUUCCUUAAAUUGAUUAGGCUAUUCUUAGCCUAAUAAUCUUUGUUUGAUUUGCUUCUUGUUUGCAUUAUAUAUAUGUGUGUGUGCGCUUUGUAAGGGGACAUGUUUAAUAUUUGUAUUAUUAAUAAAGAGUUGAGAAAGAGUUU